UAAUUUAUUGCCAUCAUGAUGAGAACGCAACAUCAUGUCCACGUUUCUAUGGUAACUGUUCCCAUGGCUCUCUCCGUCCUCCCUCGUUGUCUCCUUGCAUGUUCAACGAUGGCUGCGGCGGCGGCUGUGCAUCACACGCUGAAGCAAAGCGUCCUGCCGCCUCUAGUCGUGAUACUGGGAGCCACAGGCACCGGGAAGUCCAAGUUGGCUAUCGAAAUCGGUCGCCGGCUGCGAGGAGAGAUUAUCAGCGCUGAUUCCAUGCAGGUGUACAAAGGUUUGGAUAUCAUCACCAACAAAGUCACCUUGGAGGAGCAGGCACUCUGCAAGCACCACAUGAUCAGCUUCGUAGACCCCCUGGUCACUACCUACACCAUCGUGGACUUCAGGAACAAGGCACUCUCUCUAAUUGAAGAUAUCUAUAAGAGGGAGAAGAUGCCGAUCAUUGUAGGGGGCACCAACUACUACAUUGAAUCUCUGCUGUGGAAAGUGCUCAUAGACACCAAGCAGGAGGGUGGCUCAGAUGGGGAGGGGGAUGGAGAAGGUGGUGGAGAGGGCAGACGAGGUGACUCUCCCAGUAGGAAGGCUGAACUGGAGAAACUGGAUGGCCAGGAGCUGCACCGGCGCCUCACCGAGGUAGACCCCGAGAUGGCGGCCAUGCUGCACCCCCACGAUAAGCGCAAGAUGGCCAGGAGUCUGCAGGUUUUCCAGGACACAGGAAUCCCCCACAGUAAACUACUGAAGGAGCAGAGGAAGCAGGCUGGAGGGGGCGGGCUGGGGGGCCCCCUGCGCUUUCACAACUCCUGUAUCUUCUGGCUGCACGCAGAUCUGGAAGCUCUAGAUGAGAGGCUGGACAAGCGAGUGGACGAGAUGCUAUCUGCUGGGCUCAUUGAAGAGCUGAGAGAGUUUCACAACAGAUUCAACGAGCAGAAAAUACAGAACGACAGCCAGGAUUACCAGCACGGCAUCUUCCAGUCCAUUGGAUUUAAGGAGUUCCACGAGUACCUGACAGUGGACUGCAGCGCCCUCGAGGACAGCCGAGAGAAGCUGCUGAGGAAAGGUGUGGAAGCACUGAAACAGGCAACCAAGCGCUACGCCAGGAAGCAGAACAAAUGGAUCCGAAACCGGUUUCUCAACAGGCCAGGUCUCAACGUGCCUCCUGUGUACAGACUGGAUGUCAGCGAUGUCUCUCACUGGGACGAGACUGUUCUGAACCCUGCCAUGCAGAUCCUUCUCAGCCUCAUCAAGGGGGAGCCUCCGACAGCACAGCCCUUGAGGAUGACGAGCGAGGGGAAUCGGAACAAACGCAGUCGUCACACAUGUGACCUCUGUGACAAGGUUAUCAUCGGAGACAUGGAGUGGACAGCACAUUUAAAGUCCAAGAACCACCUACACCAUGUGAAGAAGAAAAGGAAGCAGGAGUCGACAGGGGCACCCCAGAGUAAAGCUGGAGGCUGGGCCCCCAGUCCAGUUUGCCAGCCACUGGAGUCACCGACUGCCCCUAAGAAAGAGAGAACGCAGCUUCUACUGCCAUCUAGCAGCGAGAUGCCGUCCGAAACACAACAGCCAGUCUGUGGACAGGGAAAAAGGCUUGGUGGUGACCACAUUUUUGGGGACACAGACAUGUGACCAUCAAGUUUUUUUUUGUUGUUUUUUUUUUGUUUUAACUUGAAUGUACACCCCAGGUGGUGUUCUGCAGUGCGGCCUUGCAAACUGACCACUCCGAAAGGUGCCAUUCAGCCACAUGUCCUGCUUUUAUUAGCAUGGUGAACUUCCGUCUGCUCAGGAACAGCUGGAGAUUGAGUGCUUCUCAAAAGGGCAAACUGGAACGGAUGUGAGGGUUCUGUCAACCCCAGUCUGAUGCAGGGGUGUUUGUUGAUCUUAACGGUUCCAACCUGGGACCCCCAACUGCACCAAAGAGGGGAGCCUACGCAGACAAUUAAAAGAUCAGUGGAACAAAACGCUGACACCCACCCACAGUGCUUUUGAGAUAUUUCAAGUCUUUCUGUGUGCCCUGCAGUACUGCUAAAUCUGAAAUGCUGGCUAAUUCAGGGUGUACACAAGUAGCUUUGAAUCAUGUUCCUGCUUGUUUUUGAUCAGACUGAGGGUUUAUUCCACAUAACUGUUUUGCCUUGAAUGUAAAUACCAGAGUUCGCAGUCCUGUCUGACGACAUCCUUCAGGAAUUGACUUAGUUACAGCCCCAAACCCUCCUGUCACUCCUGUUAUUUUCCUCUCAUGGUGCCUUUCUGCUUCACAUACCAAAUUCACUGCAUAGCCACGAAUACUGUGAAUACUGCAUUUUCUUAUCUGACCCUACUUUUUAUUUGGUAUGUAUUCAUACAUGCACACACAGUAUAAAGUGCUGCCUUCUUUCUUCUCCUCAAGACGUACCUGCUUGUACGCUAAAAGAAAAUGUCUCUCUGUGAGGAGUCAUAGCAUUGCAUUCCUUACCUGUUCGCCUGUCUGAAUCAGUUUACUGAAGGAAAACCUAAUUGAUAAUUACUAACUUCUUAUUCAAUUCUGAAAAGAUCGGAGUAAGAUUUUAUUUUGAAUAAACUAUGUAUGGUUUUUU